UUUAUUGGUCUAAUUAUCUAAUUCAACAUGUCAUAUAUGCUACCUCAUUUGCAUAAUGGUUGGCAGGUUGAUCAAUCAAUUGUUACUGAAGAAGACAGAGUAGUAGUCAUAAGGUUUGGCCAUGAUUGGGAUCCAACAUGCAUGAAGAUGGAUGAAAUAUUGUUUAGUAUUGCUGAUAAAGUAAAAAACUUUGCAGUCAUUUACCUUGUAGAUGUCACUGAAGUUCCUGAUUUCAACAAAAUGUAUGAACUUUAUGACCCUUGCACUGUAAUGUUUUUUUACAGAAAUAAGCAUAUAAUGAUUGAUUUGGGGACAGGUAACAAUAAUAAAAUUAAUUGGGCUUUGGAAGAUAAACAGGAAAUGAUAGAUAUUGUUGAAACUAUAUACAGAGGUGCAAGAAAAGGGCGUGGUUUAGUCGUUUCUCCAAAAGACUAUUCUACAAAAUAUAGAUACUAAUUUUAUAAAAUAAAAAGUUUAAUAAAAAUAAAAUAAUAAAAGAAAAGAAAAUAAUAAAAGAAAACUAUGUGUGUUUUUGUAUGUGAAUAUAUUGUGCUUGUGUAUGUGAAUAUAUAAAAGAAUAUAAAUCAAUGGAUUUAGUUUAGUUAA